UAGAAACGGAGGGUGUGCGUGUUGGGGUCGGGGCUGGGUGGCUCCUGGACUUGGGGCUGUGUGAAGAGGACCCUGUCAGAGACUGUUUUUAGGGUUGACACGCCAGGAGCCAGCUCUUUUUGAGGCCAGAAUCUUAACGUUUCUCCAGCUGCUUCCCAGCAGGGAAGAAAGCCUGCCUGGAUACUCCAGGCCCGACCCUGACCCUGGGACACCCUGUACAAAGCUGCACACUCCCAUGCAUGCCGUGCCCGCACGUUGUGGUGGGAACACAAAUUUUUAACUGGGUAUGUAGAUCAUUAACAGUGGGGGAAAAAAAGGAGUCCAAACUCAGUUCGCCUGUGGUCACAGACAGCUGGGCCUCAGACCUCCUGCAGAAAUGCUGGGCCCCCAAAUCUGGGCCUCCAUGAGGCAGGGCCUGAGCAGGAGCUUGUCUAGGAAUGUGAAGGGCAAGAAGGUAGACAUCGCCGGCAUCUACCCACCCGUGACCACCCCAUUCACCGCCACCGCAGAAGUAGACUAUGGGAAACUGGAAGAGAACCUCAACAGACUGGCCACCUUCCCCUUUCGAGGCUUUGUGGUCCAGGGCUCUACUGGAGAGUUUCCGUUCCUGACCAGCCUCGAACGCCUGGAGGUGGUGAGCCGCGUGCGCCAGGCCAUACCCAAGGACAAGCUCCUGAUAGCCGGCUCUGGCUGCGAGUCCACACAAGCCACGGUAGAGAUGACUGUCAGCAUGGCUCAGGUGGGCGCUGAUGUCGCCAUGGUGGUGACCCCUUGUUACUAUCGCGGCCGCAUGAGCAGCGCUGCGCUCAUUCAACACUACACCAAGGUUGCUGAUCUUUCUCCAAUCCCUGUAGUGCUGUACAGUGUCCCAGCCAACACAGGGCUAGAGCUGCCUGUGGAUGCCGUGGUUGCAUUGUCUCAGCACCCGAAUAUCAUUGGCUUGAAGGACAGCGGUGGAGAUGUGACCAGGAUUGGGCUGAUUGUUCACAAGACCAGCAAGCAGGAUUUCCAGGUGCUGGCUGGGUCAGUUGGCUUCCUCCUGGCCAGCUACGCUGUGGGAGCUGUUGGGGGCAUAUGUGGCCUGGCCAAUGUCUUGGGGGCCCAGGUGUGCCAGCUGGAGAGACUCUGCCUCACAGGACAGUGGGAAGCUGCCCAGGAACUGCAGCAUCGCCUCAUUGAGCCCAACACUGCGGUGACCCGGCGCUUCGGAAUACCAGGGCUGAAGAAAGCCAUGGACUGGUUUGGCUAUUAUGGAGGUCCCUGCCGUGCCCCCUUGCAGGAGCUGGGCCCCAAGGAGGAGGAGGCACUGCGCUUGGAUUUCAGCAACAACGGCUGGCUUUAAUGACAAGCAGGAGACACCCAACCAGAGCAGUCUGGGACUCUUGUUCCCACAGCGUGAGGGGGAGCAGGCCAUUAGGAAUUAGGGCUCAUUUUUUCUGUGUUCUCUUACUGUGAAGAGAUACCAUGACCAUGGCAAUUUUCAUAAAAGAAAGUGUUUAAUGGUG